AUGGGCCCGUGCACGGCCCCCAUCGGCCGCGCCUGCUGGCCGCGCGCCUGGCGAGGCCCUCGCGGAGCCGCGCCCCAGCCGUCCGAGCGCGCGAAGUUUCCCCGCGCGCCCCAGGCCGCGCAGUCGUCUCAGGUUGCAACUCUGCCGGCGUUCAUUCCUGCGGAGGCGGGCGACGUCGGGGAUGGCGCUGCGCUCGAGCUGGCCGCAAGGUACGAUCGCGUAGGGGUUCGGGUGCCGUGCCUGGGCCGGGAGGUGCAGACGGCACACAUCAGGCCAUUUGGCAAGGGUGCGGACGACGCGUUGUGCCCGCCGGUCGUCCUGCUGCACGGGUUCGACGGCUCCAGCCUGGAGUUCCGGCGGUUGAUGCCCCUGCUGGCCGACAGCGUGCAGGCGUGGGCGGUGGACCUGGUGGGCGCAGGGUUCUCGGACCACGGCAUAUUCAAAGGCGAGCCAGACCUCAUCGCAGGGCCAGCACAGAGGACAGAGCACCUGUAUGAGUUCUGGAAGUCAAACAUAGGACGCCCGAUGGCUGUGGCAGGGAUAAGCCUUGGCGGAGCUGCCGCCAUGGACUUUGCUCUGGCAUAUCCUGAGGCUGUGGACUGCAUCAUUUUGAUGGAUUCACAAGGCUAUGUGGAUGGAAUUGGUGCCAUGUCCCAGUUGCCUCGACCGUUGCAGUCAUUGGGUGUGCAGGUGCUCCGCACAGUGGCCUUGAGGCAGCUUGCAAACACCAUGGCAUACUACGACAAAGAAACGUAUGCCUCGGAAGAUGCCAUGAAAGUGGGGCGCCUGCACACAUUUCUUCCAGGCUGGUCAGAUGCAAAUGUGUCCUUCAUGCGCAGUGGCGGUUACUCAUUAAGCCCCCGGAUCAAAGAUGUUCAACAGCCCACACUCAUUCUGUGGGGCAGGGAUGAUGGCAUCCUGGACCCUUCCUAUGCCGAGCGUUUUGUGGAGGACAUAACCUGUUCAAAAUUGGUGUGGGUGGAACAAUGUGGGCAUUCACCACAUCUGGAGCAACCUCAAGUUGUGGCUGAAGCCAUUUUAGAUUUUCUCAAGACCCAUGGUGCAACAAAGGAGCAUUCUUAG